AUGACCGUAUGUUGGCCAGAGCCUGCGGCAUCGUUUCUGUUUGUGGAUUGUCGCAAUACCCUGUUCGCAUUUCUCCCAGAUCCAUUGGAUUGGCGGGCACUCCAAUGCGCCUGCCGCUGGCGAACCGGACUGGAGGAUUUGCUGGCGAAGGUGCACCUUGACCCGCGACUUCGGUCAGCCGUGGGCAGGUGCAUCUGCACACUGCGCAGGCUUCCCCGAGAGGACCUCCUGGGCGACCGUGUCCAGUCUGCGGAGCUCAGCGUGGAAAGCGAGCGCUUCUUUGUGACACUGCUGGGCGCACGGCCCAAGGGCGUACAGGGAAAAGCUCUCGACUUGAGCUUCUGGCAUUCGCAAUUGACUCCGAAACAAGGUAGAAGCCUGGGUCUUUGGCUGCAGAGUUCUAAGCUCAAGCACCUGUCCCUGGCCAACUGCGAUGGCCUCCUGCAGGACUAUGGCCUCUCCAAUGUACUCUGCAGCCUGGGAAGUGCAAAGCUCCAGCUCAGGCAGCUUAACCUUUGCGCGGCAGAGCUCUCGCCAGCCAGCUCUUCAGCCCUCGUCGACAUCAUGACACGAUGCCCGCUGCAGACUUUGAACCUGGCUUUCAACGUUCGGCUGAUGACGCCGGCAGGGCUGGAAGGCCUCGUAAGAGCAGCGGUGAACACGGAGUUUUUUGCUCUGCAAAGACUGGUGUUGAAGCAUUGCGACAUUGCCGCCAAAGCUGCGGCAAAGCUGGCCUGCUGGCUGAGCCACAUGCCGGACUUAAAAGAGCUGAUCCUGGACUGGAAUGUGGCAAUGUACACUUCGCUUGGGCUGCGUGGCCUGGUCCAGGGAAUGAGUUGCAUGGGCACUGCAGGAAGAGCUUCGGGCGCUUUUUCUGCGCUGCGCACGUUGCAGCUGGGCGGCUGUCAGCUGGGCUCAGGCGCCGAGGCAGCGCUGAGAGACUUUCUUCGGCAGUGUCCGGCGCUACGGCAGCUGGAAGUUCCGGAGUGUCUUACCUCCCAGCGCAUUUGGGCGGAGCUCGGACGCUGUGGACGGAAAGACCAUCAAAGCUGUGGCAAGAAGCCUGCCUUUCUACAGGCUAUGAGGCAAUCGGCGGUGAGAGAGUGUCUACGGUGUCUGCUUCCUGGACCCCUGGAUUGGCGAGCAAUGCAGAUUGCAUGCAGAUGGGGAGACGGAACCUCAAACGGGCCCUUGUCCGAGGUUCACCGACGGCCGCGCCUGCGGUCAACGGCUGUUAAAAUGGCCCGGCGGCUGCGGGGGAUAGGCGACCUUCUCGGAGCCGCAGCCCUGAAACUUUCAGCAGAGGAGCUUCGGUUUGCAGUGGAGAUCCUGGGCGCAAGACCACGGCAAGCUCCGCGUGUUCGACUUCCCGAGAUCCAAGCGUUGGACCUGAGCCACGAGCACUUGCUCACAGGUGGCCAGAUGCUCGCACCCCUGCAGGGGCGAGCACUUGGAAUCUUUCUUCGGCACUGCCCGCAGCUCCAAGAGCUUUGCCUGCUGGGACACGCUCAGAUCUGCACAGCUGCGGGCUUGGAAGGCUUGAUGAAAGGGCUCGGAGAACUUCGCCUUCCACUCAGGUCGCUGCACUUUGGAGGCUGUGGAGUUACCGAACACGCGGCUCCCCAUCUCGGCCGGUUUCUCCGUCAAUGUCCGGAGUUGGCUUCUCUGAGCCUUGCCGGUAGCUGGCAGCUUUGCACGGCUGCCGGUCUCCGUGUCGUCGCCGAGAUUUGGGAAGUCGAAGGAAGCUGCGGCUAUCUGCACCUCGAAGAGCUGAACCUGACGAACUGCCGCCUCGGGACUUCCUCGGCGGAAGCUCUGGGAGUGCUGCUCAGGAAGUGCUGCUUUCUCACCAAGUUGGUGCUGUCGGGAAACCAGGACUUGUUCGACGCCGCUGCAAUUGUCUACCUGCUGAAGGGCUUGGGGGAUUCAGGCUUUCCAAGACUGCGGGAGAUCACAACGGGCUCUCUCCUCGAGGAAGAGGCCUUCGAGAAGGCAAGCCUCUUGGAUUCUGACGUGCCUCACCUGCAGACAAAGCAAAUUGCAGCAGACCUGCAGAGGGCCUUCAUGUCAUGGCGGCGCUGGAAAAGACAGGUGUGGUGUAGCCAGGAGGCAUUGCUCUUGUUGCAGCUAUGCCGUCGACAGGCCGGCAAGCGAAUUGGCAGCAGCUCGGCAGGUGCCAUGCUGGCACUGCAACCCAACACGGACCAGAAGGCUUUGCCCAUGACCACUCUGCCAGUGGUCAUGUCGCCGUCCGACAAUGUGUCAUCGACGGUUCUGUGCAGCACACGAAGAUAUGCUUUCCAAUCAGCCUUUCUGGGAUCGGAAGACGCUUCGGCGUCGCGGUUUUACCAGUGCUUUCGAGGAAACCCCGUGGAAACGGAGCUACGCAGCUCUGAUGCCGAUGCCUUUCUGUGCAGCACCGUGCUCUCAUCCAAUUGCUCCCUGGUUUCCAUGACCUGGCAAUCCUCGCGGUUAUUGCUGUUACAGCACGUGUCCUCCCGUGAACUGUUGCCUUCGGUUGCACUCACUGCCGUGUACGUUUUGUGCUGCGCCGGUCCACCUUGUUCCCAGCGACGCCGACCCCUGCCUCAAUCUGCAGCCGCGUGUGUGCACAUGUGUUUGCACCUCGUGGGCUUGGUUUUCGCAGUGCGGCUGAGCACGCGCCUGUGGUAUGCUUCGCGUGUUCGCCAGCUUGAUGUGGCCAACGAUCAGUUGCGCGACAGUGACAUCCACUGCAAGCGCAGCGAUGCCCGCCGCUCGAAGGCAUCGCCACCGGGCUCCUAG